AUGGCCUAUAACAACUUUACCUUGCGGGAAAGUGUCGGAUUCAUUGACGAUGAUGGGUCUUCUCGCACACAACCAAGGUACUUUCUAGUUCCAAGCAUCGACUUCCAUGUACAUUACUCAGAGAACCAAGUUACAGAAAUGUACAUUUCGGGCAACCCACACUUUAACGUCGAUAUAACUGAAGCUGCUGAUAUCAAAGUCAAUUUCUCUUAUUCGGUUUACUGGUACGGCACUGAAGUAGAUGGUGAUACCAGUCUUCCGUUGAAUAAGACCCUACAUGAGAAAGAUCACAGGCCUAAAAAUGAUGAUGAUCAUAAAUGGAUGUCAGCAUUGAUGAUCUGGGCAAAUGUCACUCUCUUAUGGGUUGGCUUGAUUCUUAUAGUGACUCUGCCAUACCUCAUGAAGUAUUUGAUGCGGUAUGAUUUCUUUUUCGAUUUUAUGCCUAGUUCGAAGCUACCCGUUGACAUUUAUUCAGCUGAGAUCUUCACUUGUACUGCAGCGCUAACAACAGCAGUUAUUGCAAAUGGUUUAGUAAUAACAAGGUCUGGGAUGUCAGCGGUACCUGAACUUGGCAUCAUAUGUGAAAACCUUGUCGUUUGGGGACUUGUCACCGUCGUUCUCGUAAGUCUAGGCGGCACCCUUGCUCAUUGUUUCAGAACAGAAUCUGAAGCACCUUGUACUACAAGAAGACUUCCGAGAGACAUUCCUCUGGAGUCUUGGUACAUGAAGACACCAGCUCAGAUGCUUUUCGGAGCCCUUUUACCUUCAAUCGCAAUGUUCCCGGAGAUGGACAAUAUCUAUGCGAGCUUGUGGCAUUUCAAGAUAUGCGGAGCGUUUCACCUUAUGCUUACUUCAUUCAUCGUGGUCAUCACACUGACUGUGGUUGUAGCAAUCGUCACCACAAGCUACCAGUUUGCCAAGCAUGACCAUCAGUGGUGGUGGAGAUCUGUCCUUUGCGGGGGAUCACCAGCCAUUUUCAUGUUCGUGUAUGGCAUCUACUUUUUCUCCAGAGUUCCCAACGUUGGAGACGCAACGCUGCUCCGCUUUUUGGGAUACAAUGCCUGCAUCUCUUAUGCCUUCUUCCUAAUACUUGGAACCACAGGCUUCUAUGCUUCAUAUUUUGUCUUUCACAGCACUUACCCUCAGGAGAAGCAUGAGUAA